UUUUUUCAUUUUUAAAAUAAUAUUCAAUGGUCGAGAAAACAAAUAAAGUAGCUACAAGGCCUCAACCUGUCACAAACACAAGUAAUCCCGAAAAAAGAAAACUCGAGUUGAUUCAACUUGAAACUCGUUAUAAGUCAACCUAUCGACUUGUUAGCGAUAAUGAUAGAGAAACUAUAAUUAGACUUUCUAUUAAACCGUCAGACCCUGAUUUCCCAUAUGAACUAGAUUCGCUUAAGCUUCAACUAUAUAUCCCUAUAGAAUAUCCUAAAAGCCCGUGCUCUGUUCAGGUUCUUAAUUCAGAUAUACCUAAAGGAUUUGCAUUUAACCUCGAAAAAGGAUUUGCCUCUCAUGUAGAUCCUUCAAACUCAAAAAUCCAUCAAACACUUGUUCGACAGAUGAAUUGGCUCGAUCGUAAUAUGGAGACUUUAUUGCAACAAGCGCCUGCUCCUACUGUUCGCUUUGUUUCCAAUAGUAGUCGAGCUUCUUCAGCAAAUAAAAAAAAUGAUGAUGUUCAUGCUAAUACUACCGCAGUAUCCGAAACGCAACAGUCACAACCUGCCAAUGUUACUGCGGCCAAAUCUCAAAAUUCUGAAAGCAGUUCAUCCAAGUCAUUAAAAGACCUUCACGUUAGUAAUCACGAUACUGCGGUUGAUUUAUCAAAACCAAUCAUAGUUCAAGCUAAAAAAAUCGAAUCCUCUGAAAAAAAGGAAGUAAUCCCACAGCAUAAAUAUUCAAAAGAAGAAAUUGCUAAUGCAGAUAAAAGACGCAAACAAGAAUAUCGACAACUUGAGACGCGUUUUUGUGAUAGCUUUAAGACAAUAAGAACGAAUUCAAAAGAAACACUCAUUACACUUAUAUUAAUCAUUAACGAUCCUGAGUUUACUCAAGAACAUUUAAUAGGAGGCAAAGAGCUCCAUAUUAAAUAUCAUAUACCUAUAUUAUAUCCUCUUGAACCCUGUUAUGUUGAUAUCGAAAAUAAGCAAUUAGAUAAAACAAGAGCAAAUUGGGUUUCUUUAGGCUUUAGUGAGCAUGUUACAAAUGGAGAUUAUACAUUAUUUGAGAACCUUAAUUGGUUAAAUCGUAAUUUGGAAUUACUGUUAAGCUCUCCACCUCUGCAAAAAACCGAAGAACAAAUAGAAGCAGAAACUAUCUCUAGUGAACAGCAAAAACAUUUAAAACCUCCUUCAAAGAAGGAUAUUUUGACAAAGUCAUCGUCUCAAGAGCAUAUAAUAAGCCAACAAAAACCAUUUGAGGCAAAGAAAAUAUCUUCGUUAUUUGAAGAGGAUACUAGUUUUAAAAAUAAUAGGGUUAUUAUCGUGAAUGAUCCCAGUUUAGCUUACGGACAAGCUGAUGAAGAAGAUGUUGAAGUUGAAUUAGCUGAAGGGGAUGAAGACAUAUCACCCUUUGUAGAUCAUCAAAAUGAUACCGAAAGUGAAGAUGAGAAAACAAAGACUUUAGUUGGACUUUCUCAACCUGUUGUUCGUAGAGGAACAGAGAUUCGUUUGAUUGAUCCAAAAUUGGAAAAUAUUUCAUUAUUUCGUUGUGCUUUACUUCACAUGAUGGUUAAAUGCGCUCGUUGUAAAGAAACGGUAGAAGUGGAAAAUAUUAAACCCGAAGAAAAUGAAAGAGUAAGCUCUUCUUCUUCUUCUUCUUCAAAUACUUCAGCUUCUAAAACAGAAAGAUGGAUGCCUUGUCCAACGUGUUCAUCUAUUUUAGGAAUUAAAUUUCAUGGAGAACUUGUACAUCAAGGUGCCUUAUCUAUUGGGUUAGUUCAGCUUGCAGGAUGUACAGCUUAUGAUAUUUUACCUUCAGCUUAUAUCGGUACAUGUGGUUCUUGUAUGGCAGAUAUGUCAACAGCUAUUCGAUUAUCCCCUCACGAUCCACCUCGUACUAUAAGGUGUUUUUCCUGUCAUGCAAAAAUGACAUGUAGUUUAGGCGAUUAUCGAUUUAUUAAAAUUGGAAGUGAAGGUGGAGAAAGGUUAAAAGCUAGUGAGCAACAAGUGAUGAAGUUGAAGAAGAAGAAAAAGUCAAGGGAAGAACAUCUUACGAUUGGUGAAUCUUUACCUGAUCAAGGCACCUGUCCUCACUAUCGGAAAUCAAAACGUUGGUUCCGAUUUUCAUGCUGUAAUAAAUUAUAUCCUUGUGAUAUUUGUCAUGACAGCAAAGAAGAUCAUAUUUCAGAUAUGGCUAAAAGACAUGUUUGUGGAUUAUGUUCAAGAGAGCAAAACAUUGUUAGCGGAAAACCCUGUAUAUGUGGCCAUGAAUUCGAAAAAGCACCUCAAAAAGGUGCAUUCUGGGAAGGCGGUAAAGGUGUAAGAAAUAAAGUAACAAUGAGUCGAAAGGAUCCGCAUAAACACAAGGGAUUGGGAAAAACAGUAUCUAAGAAACAAGAAAGAGUAGGAAUUGCUGGUAAAAAACAACGCCAACAGAAAACUGAAUCAUCUACUACUACUACUACCGAAUAAUCCUUAUUAGAAUAAAGCGGAGACAUAAAUUAAAGCAAGAAGAGUUUUUUUCUUUACAGAAGAGCUAAGGAAUAUGAAAUAUUGUGGCUGUACUUUCUUUUGCGGUUUAAUUUAAUAUUAUACGAUAAAAAUAAAAUAAAUACAAAGCUGAACUAAUAACGAGUUACUUUUCAUAAUCGUGUUGGCUUUUAAAAUAUAAAUAUAAAUAUGUAUUUAUAUAACGUAGAGGUCGAUUCAGGACGUAACCAUCGUG